UUUUUUCAAGUUGAACAAAUCCAAGAUGGCGUCCGCUCGUGUGGGAACGCACGGCGGAAAGCGCGAUAAUUCCGGCAAAAAAAGAAAGUAUCCGGGCUCAGAAAACUUUAGCAGCCAAAAUAAACGAGUAUACUUAUCGUUGAGUGUAUUUCUGGCAUGGAGGGAAGCAAAAACGAAGCUGGGUACCAAAGAUGUAGCGACAGCGAUUUCGCAUCCCAUCUGUUGUCCUUGGAGUAUCGUAGAAGGUAAAAAUACAGCAGAGUAAUUCAUACUUGUUUCGUUUAUGGAUACAUAUCAUAUUUAUAAAGAGCUUGGCUAUAUUUCUGGUCGUUUAUAGAGCGGACCUAAAUCAAUCCCGACAAGAAAAGCGAAUGGCUGCACCAAAACGUGACCAACUGCAUGCUUUUGGCAGUGAAGUAGAUGAUUUGCCACAGACUUCUGGCAUUAUUCCGGGUAACCUGAAUUCAUUCUAAUAUAUAAACAGCUAAAAUAAGUGAUGAAACACUUUGAAUGUUGAUUGUUGAGUACGUACAGUGACAGUGUGGUUGCUUUGUGAAUUGUGAUGUUUUUUUCUUCAUAAGAAUAACAUUAAAAGUGAAUGCCCAGUACAUUUGAUAUUUUAAAGGCAAAAUAAAAAGGAAAAACAAAUAACUUUUAGACUGGGAGGCAUCUACUCCAUUGAAAGAUCUUGAGACUAUCAUGCCAUCCUGUAAUGUGUCACCAAUUGUGGAAGGACAGCAAAUGGCAAUGUCAAUUUGUAUGGAGGCUGACACAUCUCUUCAUGAAAGGUAAUAAUUAUAUACACUGACUUUUUUAUGGGGUUUUAAUGUUUGCACAGUCACCAGACUAACAAGUUCAAUGCAGUAAUGUUUCAAGUUCUACACCAUAAAUUAUAUUAUAUAAAAGAUUUAUUCAACUGAAUGAACUGUCAUUUAUGUUGGGUAAAAUUUAUUUUUAUAAAUAUCUAGUUUGAGUAGUGAACCAUUAGACUCAUCCAAAAUGCUGAACACUUCAAUGUUUACGGAUGACGAGUUAACCACUGAUGACAGUGAUGAUGACCAGGAUGUCAGGUACUACUUAUAGUCGUAUUUUUAAUUGACAUCUGGUUUUAUUACUUUUAAAAAAUAUGCAGUUUGUUUACAGCAGCUAAAAUGUGUCUAUAUUUAUUUUUAAAUAAUUUCAUUCUACUUACAGUUUUCAUGACCUUACCAAGUCAGUGAUUGAGGAAUUGAAUGCUGAUGAAAACAUGGAAAGGGACAAUAAUUCAAAGUAUGAUAUAUCAUUGUUAUACGGUCAGCAUUUAAGAGGCAGUCUCUGUAAGAACCUCAUGACCUCUUUGGAUCAAGAAAUAGAUUUCUCUCAAACUUUGUACUUGAGAUUGCCUUUAUAAGGUUUGUUUCAUUUUGUUUUCAGUCUAAUUGCAUUUUGGCAAAGUUCCAGGGGGGUCAAGUUGAGGGCUAAAAUUAUGAUUUUUGCUGUUUCUCAAUAGUGGAUUUUUACUGAUUUUUAAACCUCUCUAACAUCAAACAAAAAUAAUGAUAAAACUAAAUCCUUCCACACAAUAGUAGCCUUAUAUGUCUUAAGUAAAAAGGUAUCUACAUAUUUUUCAAAGAUGUUUUCUAAAUAUAGAAAUGACAUCAUUCAUGACAGACUAAAAUAGAGAUUUCCAAGUUGCUUAAAAAUUGUUGAAAUAAAAAUCCUAAAAUUCAAAAGUUAGACUUACCAUGAAUGUAAUAUUAUUUGUAUAGCGAGAUUAAAGGUUGGUCUUACAUAAUGUAAAAUUAAAUAUUGCGGCCUGUAAAUUCUGGGGGUACUACAGGCCAACAAAUAAUCAACAUUUUCGACUUUCGGUAGUUUAGAUCAAAUAAGAACGUUCACCGUUUACUGCAAACUCUGCUUUCAAAGACCGAAAUUUUACUUAUUAUUUUGACCUAGAACAGUGAUAACAUUCGUUUGACCUUUGCUGUUGUCUAAAGUCUUUUAGGGAAAUGCACUGACACAGGCAUUUCCGUUAAGUAUGGGCUGUAUUGUAUAAAUAAUAAACAUUUUCUAGCUGAAUAUAAACAAAGACAAAUUAUAAAUUUGCAACAGGUAAAGAUGUCCGUUAGUCAACAAAUUAUUGAACAUCGAUUUACUUUGAAGAUUAUUUAAAAAGUCAAGAGAAAACCUACCCCAAUAUAAUUUAUACAAAGAUAAUAUAUGCCUCGAUCAAUGAAUCGAUUGUCAGUUGACAUAUUAUUUGACAUUCGUCAGCUGCCAUUAUUCUUUAGGGUUUUAAAUUAAUCACUUUCGACAUCUUAUGAUUAUUUUAGACACAGUCUCAUAUGUAUAAAAUCUUGCUUCUUUUGUCAACAGGCAAUGCUAGUCAUUCCUCCAUUGUUAUAACUCAAUUUUGUUAUUGCUAUAUUGCGGAAGCUGCUGAUCAGCCAAAUAAUUCGGCUGUCAAAAACAUGUGCAACAUGUCGCGAAUUGUUUGCUUUCGAAACUGCAGGUCAAACUUGGCAAAAGUUUGUCAAUGUUUGGUAAAAGUUAUGAAAUUGUUCCCAAUUCUAAAAAUUUCUAAUGUUUGGUUAUACUAAUUUGUCCGGUUAUAUUUUAAAUUGACAUAAUAUUUUUACCACCUACUUGCAACCAAAUUCCUGUAAAUAGAACAAGAGCCCCUUGAUGAGCUAAAAGCUCUUGGGCAAUUGUUAUAUCUUUAAUAUUAAAAUGUGUUUAUUUAAAAUAUUUGCAUGUCCGGAAAUAAUGUUAAGCUUUGCUCCGUCAAGAAUGAAACGGACUAAAUAUAAUUUUUCUAAAUACAUAAACAUUUCAAUAUUUGGAAAAUAUAUCAGAAAAAUUUAUAGAUACUUUGUCAGUUAAGGCAUAUAAAGCUACUAUUUUUCGGAAGGAUGUAGGUUUAUCAUGAUCUUUGUUUGAUGGAGGCAAAAUCUUCCAAGGCUACAACGGCUGAUCGCAUUAUUAAUCCACCCCCCGUAUUGAGGACAUGUGGAAUUUCCAAUGGCCCCCUGCAAAAAUGAACAAAAAAUGAAGGAAUUUCCAUGGGAGGGUCCAAAUUUUAAAGCAAAUCUGCGGAAAUUCCAGAGGGUAGGUAAGAAAAAUGAGUAAAACGUAUGGAAUUUCCAUGGGAGGUCAAGAAUGGAAAAGAAAUUCCAAAGGAUAGGAUAAAAAUCAGCAAGGAAUUUUCCAAGGGAUAGCUACUAAUCAAAGAAUCAGUACGGAAUUUCCAUUGGCUAGAUCAAAAACUGUCAAGGAAUUUCCAUGGGAUGGAUUAAAAGAUCAUAAAAAAUUUGCGGAAAUUCCAUGGGCAUGCGUGGCUAAAAUUCAAUAAAAAUCUGCGGAAAUUCCACAGGGGAGGCUAAAAAUUCGCUUAAAAUAUCUGGAAAUUCCAGGGGAGGAGGGGGGGGGACCAAAAAUGGAUGUCCUCAAUAGGGGGGGGUGCGGAUUAAUAAUGCGACGAGCCAACAUUUGACAGCCGAAUUAUUUGGCUGGUCAGCAGCUUCCGCCAUAACAAUAACAAAAUGGAGUAAUCAUUGUGUCUACAAUAAUGAUUACGAUAUCGACGAAAGUCAAAUAGUAAGUCUACUGACAAUCGUGGUCAUUCAAUGACAAGGUUGUCGUUCGAGGCAUAUCUUUGUAUUAGUUAAUUUAAAAUUGGAGUACUUUUCUCUUGACUUUUAAAAUAUAAAACUACUCCACUUCUGAUACUGUCUAUUUUGGGGGGAUACGGUGAUACGCAGUGAAUCAUGAAAUGAUGUAAUUAUUCGAGUGUUUGGGUUUUUUAAAUAAAGGGACUGGAUAAAUAGUAAGUUUCAAUGAUACGGGGAUACGGUGAUAUGCAGUGAAGGAAAUUACGUAAUUAUUCGAGUGUUUCGGUAUUUAAAUAAACGGGGAAUCGUUAAUCAAAUAAUUAAUCUACAUUCUAUUUUCAAUAAUAAGGGGUUAUAAAUAUAUUGUAUUUCUCAUUCUUAAAUACUUAAUAAACACCGGACAAAAUAUUACUCAUAUAUUGUAUUUCUCGUUCUUAAUAAACCCCGCACAAAAUAUUACUCGUAUAUUGUAUUUCUCACGUUCUCAAUAAAACCCCGCACAAAAUAUUACUCAUCAGUAUAUUGUAUUUCUCUUUCUCAAUAAACUGCUCGGCAUAAAAUAUUACUCAUAUAUCUGUUGUAUUACUUGACUCAUAUAUUGUAUUUCUCGUUCUCAAUAAACUCCGCAAAAAAUAUUACUCAUCAGACAUCAGUAUAUUGUAUUUCUCGUUCUCAAUAAACCCGCACAGAAAUCCCCCCAAACCAAACACUAUCAAAAUACUACCAUACAAAAACAUCAUGCACCUGUUAUUGUAUUUUUUAAUACGCACACAGAUAAACGAUGCACCACUGAUGCAUGCAUAUAUUAAUUCAUAUCUAACGCAUAAACAUACAUUCAGUUAGCACUCAAACUUUAUAUCUUGUAAACCUACACAAAUUAUACAUUAAUUAUUAUACAAUAUGCAUGUAUAGAGUGCCUAAACCAAUAUCAGUAUUUGUAAAGAAAUGACCCGAUACUUUUGAAGCAUGGCCAUCAAACUCAUUCAUCACCCAAGACCAAUACGAAGAAAAGUACAGCCGUCAAUGUCACAGUGCCAUAACCCAGAACAUAAAGCAACUUUUAAUACGCCAAGUUUUGCUAAAUGAGGAGCAGCCAAAUGAGUAAUAAAGAAUUACAUAUUCUAAGGUUCUUUAAUACAUUAUAAAUGUUCCAUGUAUUAUAAAUAUACGUUUUUCAUCAAAUAUACUCGUAAAACUAACUAUUUGUUUCAAUUUUGAUUUCCAAAUAAAUUGUCGUUUCAUGACGUUUUAUUCACUGCCGUAUCCCCGUAUCAUUGAAAUAUAAUAGUUACCAAUUCUCCUCUUAAACUACUCGAAUAAUUACGUCAUUUUAUUCACUGUGUAUCCCCCAUAUCAUUGAAAUAUGAGUUACAAAUUCUCCUUUUAAACUACUCGAAUAAUUACGUCAUUUUAAUGACUGCGUAUCCUCGUAUCCCCGUAUUAUUGAAAUAUAAUAGUUACCAAUUCUCCUUUUAGACUACUCGAAUAAUUACGUCAUUUUAAUGACUGCGUAUCCCCGUAUCUCCGUAUCAUUGAAAUAUAAGAGUUACAAAUUCUCCUUUUAAACUACUCGAAUAAUUACGUCAUUUUAAUGACUGUGUAUCCCCGUAUCAUUGAAAUAUAAUAGUUACCAAUUCUCCUUUUAAACUACUCCAAUAAUUACGUCAUUUUAAUGACUGCGUAUCCCCGUAUCAUUGAAAUAUAAUAGUUACCAAUUCUCCUUUUAAACUACUCGAAUAAUUACCUCAUUUUAAUGACUGCGUAUCCCUGUAUCCCCCUAUCAUUGAAAUAUAAUAGUUACCAAACACUAUCAAAAUUCAAAAGUGGACGGGUAUUCUAUAAUCGCUCCAAUAAAUCUUCAAAGUAAAUCGAUGUUCGAUAAUUUGUUGACUAACGGACAUCUUUACCUGUUGCAAAUUUAUAACUUGUUUUGUUUAUAUUCAGCUAGAAAAUUUUUAUUAUUUAUACAAUACGGUCCAUACAUAACGGGAAAUGCCUGUGUCAGUGCAUUUCCCUAAAAGACUUUAGACAACAGCAAAGGUCAAACGAAUGUUAUCACUGUUCUAGGUCAAAAUAAUAAAUAAAAUCUCGGUCUUUGAAAGCAGAGUUUAUAGUAAACGGUGAACAUUCUUAUUUGAUCUAAACUCCCGAGUCGAAAAUGUUGAUUAUUUGUUGGCCUGUAGUACCCCCAGAAUUUACAGGCCGCAAUAUUUAAUUUUACAUUAUGUAAGACCAACCUUUAAUCUCACCAUACAAAUAAUAUUACAUUCAUGGCAAGUCUAACUUUUGAAUUUUAGGGGUUUUAUUUCAACAAUUUUUAAGGAACUUGGAAAUCUCUAUUUUAGUCUGUCAUGAAUGAUGUCAUUUCUAUAUUUAGAAAACAUAUUUGAAAAAUUUGUAGAUAUAUUUUUACUUAAGACAUAUAAAGCUACUAUUGUGUGGAAGGAUUUAGUUUUAUCAUUAUUUUUGUUUGAUGUAGAGAGCUUUAAAAAUCAGUAAAAAUCCACUAUUGAGAAACAGCAAAAAUCAUAAUUUUAGCCUUCAACUUGACCCCCGUGGAACUUUGCCAAAAUGCAGUUAGACUGAAAACAAGAUGCAUUUUGAAGCAACCCUUAUAAAGGCAAUCUCAAGUUCCAAGUUUGAGAGAAAUCUAUUUCUUGAUCCAAAGAGGUCAUGAGGUUCUUACAGAGACUGCCUCUUAAAUAUAAGCCUUAGAAUGUCAAAAUGAAUGAGGUUUACAAGUAAAUACAGGGGCGGAUCCAGGAUUUUUCGUACGUUAGUCAAAGUUUUCGGAUGUACAAUGUAGUUUUGCGAGCGGCGAUUGCGCGAGGCACCAAGGGGGUCUGUCCCCCCAGGAAAUUUUAUAUUUUUAAACCUCAGAAAUGCAAUUUGCAUCACUCUGAAUGCAGCUUCAACAAAAGAUUAACUUCAUCAAAUGGGAGAUAAUUAUAGCGACUAUCAGUCUGACAGACUCUCACAACUCGCUCCUUAGGGAAAAGUGAAGGAGAAGUACUUGCAAAAAUGUGAUAAUUGUGGAAGAUGUUUCAUUUCAUCAAAUUACGGAUUGCUAGUAUUAUGUUUAACUAUCUCAUGAUAGUACUACACUCAUUUUUGUUGCCUUGUUGAGUCAUUGAUCACUUGACUAUAGUAAUCACUACAGUGUCAUAUUACUCAAAUAAACAUAUAUCAAUAUUAAAGUCUUGACAUUCAUGUAUAAAACCUGACCCUAUAUAUCCUAUGUAUACUACAUUAAUGCAUUUAUAUAGGUUAUCCUCCAUAUUAAUAGCCUUCUGAGUUCUGACGAUCCUUCAAACGCAGAAUUAGAAAUAUGCAAAUUUGUUGUGUAAAUCAAAACUCAUAGCUAAAUCUAAAUCAAGAUACGCGUAUUCAAGUUACAAUUUAACAUAUGUAUGGUGCGCAUCUUGUUCGCUUAUAAAUAUUGUUAAGCUGUCUAAAUCUAAAACGAAAUAAAAUUUACAUAUCACAUUAAAUUUACCUUAUUGCACUUCAGAAUAAAGAUCUCGGCGACAAUACUUCUACUCAAACAGUCAAACUGUAGUUCGUGCUACUCAUGGCGCCUAGCAACUGCUCACUGAAUCGAACUCUCCGACAUUUAGCGUUGAUUUUCCUCCCAAGAUCAGCGCAACAGUCUUGUAAGACAGCUAAAUCAUUCACCGCAAAUGCGGAUUGAACCAAUUCGCGAAUACUACAAGGACUGGAGCAGCAGACAUUUCCGAAUUUUCCGUAGAGCUCCAACAUGACACUUCGAAUGAGUGCGCGAUCGGGAAGACUUUAGCACGCGUCAAAUAUUAAUGAUAUUCCGACUAACGGGGUGCCCCUGACUUUUGUAAAUCGGUCAGAACUCCCAACAGAUCAGUCAAAAUCGAAAAAAAUGUUUUGUUUCCAUGGCAAUAAGCAUCUAGACCAAUCAAAACACUGGAUUUUGACUUUUUGACUGACCGACUUUGCGUAUGUCAGCUGCUCAUUGACUUGACUAAGCUCGUCGGCUCAGCCACUGUAUGAAAUUUGAUCACUGGACUACAGUUCGAUUGGAAUGUUAAUUGCUAGCGCUGGAUGAUAAUAGAUACUGGACUAUUAUAAGGUGUCGCUGCAUGAUAAAAAAUAACUGGACUAUUGGUUAAGACUUUAGUUAAGUUUGCAAUUUUUACGUUAGUCGCGUGACUGGUUUGACGACCCCUAGAUCCGCCCCUGAGUAAAUACUGUAUGUUUAGGAAAUAUUAAGGGAUUUUCUGUUGAAGAUAUACUGAUAUACUUUCAGUUAUGUGCAUCCAGAUAAGACCUUUUUUAAAUGUCAUAUCUGGUUUUCUUGUUGUAGUUCCACAUACAGUGAUGUUGAAAGCACAAUAGAUAGCGAUUCAACUGAAUCUGCAGAUGAAGGUGCUGGUAUGUACGAAAUGCCUGAUGACGAGACCCGUUUUGAUGAUAAUGUGGAUGUCUCAUCCACAUUGCAGCAGGUACAAGCCACACCCACUUCCCUUAUUCCCUUUGGGCCACACCGCAAACUUAGUAGAGGAGAUGACAUGUAUGCUAUUAAAGAAGAAUACAGAAUGGCACAGGACAGAAAAUUUGUCUGCACACUUAGUUUGUUUCUUGAGGUAUUUAAAACUCUAUGUCAGACACCUGGGUGUACUGCUGUACCAACUGUAAAAUACCACUUUGUUGGUAUGGCUCUCUUUGUGACCUCUACAUGUACAUUCGGUCAUAAGAACAAGUUUUGUUCCUCAGGCGAAGUCAAUAACAUUUUUGUCAACAAUCUCCAGGCUGCUGCUUCAAUUAUACUAUCUGGAAGCCACUAUGCAAAAAUGAAACACUUGGCAAAUUUUUUAAAUCUGGAAUUUCUGUCCAAGUCCAGCUACUACCGAUUUCAACGCCUCUAUCUGAUUCCAGAGAUAAAUGACUGGUGGUGCUGGAUGAGGAGAGAACUAAUCAUUGAAUUUUCAGGCCAGGAUGUUGUUGUUGGUGGUAAUGGUCAAUGUGACUCCCCAGGCUUCAAUGCCAAGAAUCUAUGCUACUUCAUGGUAGAGGUAAAUUCCAGUUAUAUUCUUGACAUUGAAAUCUUGGACAAAAGGCAUGUUGGCCUCAUCUCAACAAAUAUGGAGAAAGAAGCAGUGAAGCGAAGCCUGGCUCGUCUUCAAGACGAUGUGAAAGUGGUCGAGUUGGUCACUGAUGCAUCUACAUCUAUAAAAGCAUUUCUUGGUAAGAUAAUCAGUAUUCUUUGAAAUUCACCUCAUUUGGUUAGGGGCUUUCAUUUAUUCAAAUUCCCCUCCAUUCAUUGCCAAAUUUUAGUAACCCUCUCUCAUCUAGAUCGUCGGAAACGACCAUUUCAAUUUUUAGUUUGUCUUACGUUUUUAAAAUUUAGAAAAAUCAACAGUGUAAAGGCCAUGCAGACAUUUCACCUUGCCAUGCCCCUUAAAUAUAUAUACUAGAAAAUACAUGCAUGCAGAAACCCUCGCCUUGCUGACAAAACCAUUGUAUUUUCCGAACAUGAAGUAUCUAAAGUUGUUGUCAUGGUAACACGAUAAUUUUUUUAAGAAUAUUCUUACAAAUGAAAAAUCGCCUAAAAAUAUCACUUUUAAUUACAAAAUUAUCAAUUUCCCAACAUAUAUAUGUUAGGUAUGCUCUUAUACGUAAUAUAAGCUUCAAUUUAAGGUAAAUUUCAUCCACAAACGCUUCACAAAAUGUUUUAAAUUAAAGUGUUCUAUAAAACUAAAAUGCCUUUAAUAAUUAAAUGGCUUUAUCGAUAAACUUUGAGUUUGCAAUAAAGUGAUUUCAAAUUCUCGCAUGCAAAUAACUUUGCUUUCUUUCUUAUUUAAAAAAUUCAAUAUAAUAAAAAAGGGAAUCAAUAUUAAUAUACUAAAAUUAUACUGAAAUAUAUGCUGUCUUGAAAUUAUAUACUGAAAUUAUAUGCUGUCUUGUUUAGUUGUUUCAUAUACGCAAAGCCAAAUGGCCAAAGGCCGUCGGGUUAUAUUAAAAGCAAUUAUAAAAUCAAUAUUUAAAACAAACUUACCUUUAACGUCGGCUCCCUUCUUUUAGCCGAUUCUUUCACCAUUUCUUACUUGAAAUUUACAAAAUCUUGCAAAAAUGCGAGCAAAAAUGAAAUAUAGUUGCAAGAAAUUUAUCAAUCAUCAAAUAAAGAAAUGUUUGCUAUUUCGUUGUCAUCAUGCAGUCGUUAUAAUGCAAACUUUAAAUGACAGUCCGCCAUAUUUUUGAGAUCAGUGAGGAUGACCACCCACGGUUGGUGACCCACGCCCGCGAUAUUUGAUGAACUUUAGACUUCGCUAAUGCUUUCGUUUCCCCGGAUGUAAAUAGCCGGGGGGAAUUAGUAGGCUCGCACGGCGCUUUGCGCCGUCGGCUUGGGGACGAGUUAUAAAUAUAAGAAAACCAAAACUAAUUUUUCACUUUGAUUUAGACAACCCCCUGACAUCAGUUGUUGUAUUAUAUAACCCUUCUGUUUGGGAACAUUUGAAAACUUCAUAAUCCCCUGCAAUCAUAUCACCCCCCCCCCUCCCUAUGCUGUAAUAAAUGAAAGCCCCCUUAAAAACAGAGAAAUUACAGUUUUGCUGUUACAUGCAAGCAUUCGAACCCAUCCAUGAAUGAGUCUGGUGCAUCUGCAUUUUUGUUUAAAGAGUAUUGGGUGUAUGGUAUUCAUUUCAUUCAUGAAGUUCUUGUUUAAUUAUUUUAGCAAAUGAAUACCCAGACAUGAUCCAUAGCUUGGAUGUUUAGCACAAAUCAAAAAGCAUAAAGAAGUGUCUGGCUAAG